AUGACCCCCAGCUCCCAUGAGCGGCCAAGUGGCUCCAAGGCUCCCAGCUUUCCAGAGCCAGGCAGCUCACCCAUGGCUGCUGCUGCACCUCCGGAGAGAUCUCAACUCCCUGGGGGUGUGGGGCCUUCGGAGGGCGCCACGGUGGCCCUGGCCGUGGGCCCCUCUGGGCAGAGGAGCCGGAGCAGCUCCCGGUUGGAUCAAGCCAAGAGACAGGGAACGAGAUCCAGGGCGACAGUUGGAGAAAGCGACAAAGGCAAAGCCCGGUCCAGCGCCAGCAGCACCGGCCACAAGAAGUCAUCCAGGGAGCAGAGAUUGGAGUCGAAGGGGAAGUUGAAAUCGGCCCUGAGUUCAGCCAGGCACAGGAGCAGCCUCACGUUCGUGACCAUCUAUAGCGCCCUGUCGAACUCGCUGGACAAGCUGACGGGCGGGAAGCUGAGACAGAGAAGGAGCCAGGAAGAUGCCAAGACGCAGUUGUCUUCUAAGCCCUCCAAGCGGGUCACCAUCUCGGGCGUGGUGGAGCUGUCGGGCCAGGGCAGCCAGGAGACCAGCUCCGUGGCACCCUCAGCUAUGGAGAGCAGCGGGGAGCAGGGCCCGGCUGGCUCCGGGACGGCUCCACAGCGGGAGAGCAGCCCACUGCCCAAGGCGCAGUCUGGAGGAUCCAGAGCCGUCACAGCUCCCAGCUCGCCCGAGCGAUCCAGAGCCUCCGUGGGCGUGGGGCGCUCGGCAGUGGCCACGGCCUCCGUGGGCGUGGGGCGCUCGGCAGUAGCCACAGCGUCGGUGGCAGCAGGUCCUUCCAGGCUGGGCAGCGCCCAGCCCUCAGGGAUGGGCGGAGAGAUGGAGCCAGGCAGGAGAUCCAGGGAGCCGAGCGUGGAGAGGAGCCGAGCCCAGCUGGGCCCCGCCAGCCCCUCCACAGAGCAGGGCAGGUCCCGUUUCCGGAGCCCCACGGGGACGCCAAGCCAGCCGGGGUCUAGCGCCGUGUCCAGAGAUUCUGGAGCAGCUGGGCCUUCAGAGCGAUCCAGAGUCUCGGUGGCCGCCGGCCCUUCGGAGAGAUCCAGAGCCUCAGUGGCUGCCGGCCCUUCGGAGAUGGCCACGGUGUCGGUGGCCGUGGGUCCGUCCGAGCUGGGGCCGCGGAGCAGCGCCCGGCCCUCGGGGCGGGACCAGCUGAGCCUGCCAGGCAGGGGAUCUAGAGAGCGCAGCAAGGCGGGGAGCCAGAGUGGAAGUCGAAUCAGCUCCCCCAGUGCCAUCAGGGAGGCUGGGACCCCCGGCGCCGUGGCUGCCCUGGGCUUGGAAGGCGAUGAUGUAUCUAGAGAGACAUCCAAGAAGUCCAGAGCCUCUGUGGCUCCAGGUUCUGCUGAGAAAUCCAGAGCGUUGGUGGCUCCAGCUUCUGUGGGGAGAUCGAGAGCGUCGGUGGCUCCAAGUUCUGCAGAGAGAUCCAGAGCAUCCGUGGCCGCCGGCCCUUCGCAGCUGGCUACGGUGUCAGUGGCCGUGGGACGGUCCGAGCCAGGGUCUCUCAGCAGCGCCAGGACCCCGGGGACAGAUGCUCAGAGGGCUCCCCGCGCGGGGAAGAGUCGGCUCAGCUCCCCGUGCUCCGGGGCUCCUCUGGGGACGAAGGCCGGCGACGCAUCCCCGAGGAGAUCGGGGGAGCAGAGCCAAAGCCAGGCCAGGGAGGAAGGAGGGGUCCGUUCCCAGAGCCCCUCGAGCCAGGCGCCCCAUGCGAGAGCUGCAGUCUCCAAGGGCCAAGGGCCCAGCAGCACCCGGCCCUCGGAGCUGGACAGACAGGGGGAGCUGGGCUGGGGAUCCAGCAGACCCAGCACCACGAGGAGCCGGAGCAAAGGUCGGCAGGAAGACAAGCGGGACCCCUCUGUGGGGCACCCCGCCAGCAGCCCUUCCAGGUGCGGGGGGGCCCCGGGGCCGCCCCCCCCGGCCUUGCCCCCCGCCGACCGGGCGCUGCGGGAGAAGCAGCGGCUCAUCGACAGCCUCACCUGGGAGCUGCAGCGGGAGCAGCAGGAGGCCGACGACCUGCGGGAGGAGCUGCAGCUGCACAAGUGCCGGCGCGGCCGCCCGGAGGGGGAGCCCCUGCCCCCCUCACCCCCGGCCAGCCACGGCCCCCAGACCCCCGCCGGGGAGACGCCCGAGGGCACAGUGCCCGGGAGAGAGGGGUUCCUGGUUUUUUGUCCCCCUUCCUGUGAGCCAAUCGGGGAGGACCUAGAACUGCCCCUGCAGAUCACGGCCAGUCCCGCCCCAGGCCCCCGCUCCCUGGAGGAGGAGCUGCAGGAAGCCAUCCAGAAAGCCCAGCUGGUCCCAAGUCAGUCGAUCGAAGACAUCCUGGAGGAGCCGCUGGCGUGUGCAGGUGAUCUGCUCCCCACAGAGCCACGCCGGCCCCCCUCGCCCCUCAGCCAGCAGGAGGCGCCCUGCAAGAAGCCCCGUCACACCCCGCCGGCAGCAGCCAUCUUGGAUUUCCCCGGCCACUACGACUUCCUCACCCCUCCCUCCUCCUCCUCCUCGUCCCCCUCGGACUCCCUGCGUGGGAUCUUCUCCCCGGAGCCCCCGGAGGGGCCCCCGUCGCCCAGCCCCCGGCCCGCCUUCGACCCCGUCGAUUGGCUGGAGGCCUUGACAGCUGGCCCGGCCUCGGGGCUGGGGUCCGGCACCCCCGGUGGCAGCAGCAUCUUCUCCACUGAUUUCUUUGACUCGCCUGAACUGAGCGUCAACCACAUGAUUGACCUGAUGGUGGAGCAGUGGUAGAGGGUGCGGGCCCCCCCGGCCUGGCCACAGGGAGCCCCCCACCGCCACCCCAGAGACGCCAACAAAUCACACCAAUGCAGGUGCCCAUCUUGGAUCGGUAACGUCAACUCCAGGCGCCAUCUUGGAUGGGAGGAACCAUAGUUUGUAGUGACGCCAAAACUGGGCGCCAUCUUGGAUGGUGGAACCAUUGUUCAGGGUGACAUCAACUCCAGGCGCCAUCUUGGAUGGGUGACGUUAACUCCAUCUUGAGUGAGUAGAAGCAUUAUUCUCGGUGACGUCAACUCGCGGCACCAUCUUGGAUGGGUGGAACCCUUGUUUGGUGUGACCUCAAUUGCAGGUGCCAUCUUGGAUGUGUGGAACCAUUACUCAGGGUGACAUCAAUUCCAGGUGCCAUCUUGGAUGGGUGAAACCAUUGUUUGGAGUUGACAUCAGCUCGGGAUGCCACCAUUGAUCGGUGAAGCCAACGGAUGCUAUGUUGGGUGGAUGAAACCAUUGCUUGGGGGUGAUGCCAACUCCAGACACCAUCUUGGAUGGGUGUAGCCAUUUUACUGGGUGAUGUCAACACUGGAUGCCAUCUUGGAUGGAUUAAACCAUUGCUGUUUUGGUUGUCAGCCCCAAAGGACAUCUUGGAAGGAUCAAACUGUUGGUGUUUAGAGUGAUACGGCGGGUGGCUGCCAUCUUAUAUAAAUCAUACCAUAAGUGUUCAGGGUCACAUCAGCUCUUGAAUGGGUUAAGCCAUUGUUUGGGGGUGAUGCCAGCUUCCACCACCAUCUUAAAUGGAUCAGACCACUGAUGUUUGAGUCACGUCAGCUCUAGGUGCCAUCUUGGAUUGGUCCAGUCAUUGGUGCUUGGGGUGAUGCCAAGUCCAAAUGCCCUCUUUAUUUGGGCCGUACCAUUUAAUUGAACCUAAGUGUUUCAUUGGCAGGCGGAAGGCAACUCCACCUGUGGGAUGCCAUCUUGUUUGGGACAUACCACCUUUGACUCCAGUGUCUUAUUGACCAGAGGGGAGGAUGUGGAAACCAUCUUAGUUUGGAUUGUGCCAUCUUUGUACCUAGCUGGGUUGGGAGUGGAGAAGCCAACUCUAGAUGCCAUCUUGGAUGGAUCAUACCAUUUGUUUUUUACCUCAUGUUUUACUGGCAGAGGGGGGUGGGGAAAUGGCAACUGUAGACGCCAUCUUAGUUGGACUGUACCAGUUGCUGAGCCUAGUGUUCUAUUGGGGGCUGCCCCACUCCCGCUGCCCCCCCGGCCCUUUUCACUCCCCCCCCACUGGGACCGGGUCCCCCCUCCUCCCACCCAG